AUGAAGAGUUUUCACUGUAUUCCGGAUGCCUCGCUGAAGAGACAAUGGUGUUUCCGCUGCAAAAUGUUCCAUCGGGCGUCAGAGGCGUUGAAACGACGGCACAAUUGUCAGUUCAAGAAGAGCCGGUGCUACAAGGCAAGACUUUUAAUUUUAAGGAUUUGCAAACUUUCCAUUCAUUCUUAUAUCUUUCUACAACUUUGAUUCCCUAAAGCCAAGCUUUGUCAUUUUUUUAAUUUGAGCGUCAGGGCGACUGUAGCUCGCUUAAAACGGCCUUUCCGGGCUGCUCGAACAGAACGGCGAACACUAAGGCGAAGAAGGAUUUCAAUUGAGGUUAUUUUUGGGGGAUUAGAGGUGGAUGACUUGGUUGUUAAAGAAGAUAAUUUUCAGUGUCGACAAGCCCAUGCCAGAACAUUGACUCGCCGGGUGGAGUUUUCCUUGAGAAAGAGACCAAGUUUCGUACCAAAGCGAAAGAAAAAACACGUGAAGAUUGAGCACAAUCAUAAGGAAACUUUGGACAGUCACUCUGUCCAAUCACUCGUAGAAGAAGCCCCAUUAAGUCAGCGUAUAUUCGAAGUGGUUGGUUUCGUGAGCUGUGCAGAAUCCAAAAGCCCCAUAAAGGACUUCGUACCUAACGUUACGGAUAAAAGAUGUCAUAAAACUGGUGAGUCCAUUUUUUCGCGUUUUGUACUUUUUUCAAUAAUCGUAGUUUUUAUAAACUCAAAAUUUCAGUCCUCUUCUUUGUUCUUCAACUCCAACUCUUCCUUGUGUUGGCAGACGCUAAAAUGAUUCAGAGCGGGUCUAAAAGGAACCAAACGUGA